AUGGUUGCCGAGAGUAAGCUCUACGACGCCUUGAGCGUCAAGCCUGAUGCCACUCAAGAUGAGAUUAAGAAAGCAUACCGCAAGGCAGCAUUGAAGCACCACCCAGACAAGAACAAAGACAACCCUCAGUCUGCGGAUAAAUUCAAAGAGGUCUCGCAAGCCUACGAAGUCCUAUCCGAUCCCGAAAAACGCAAGAUAUACGACCAGUUCGGCCUUGAAUAUCUGAUGCGAGGUGGCCCCGCACCGCCUCCGCCAGGGGCAGGCGGAGCCGGCGGAGGUGGCUUUGAAGGUGGCAUGCCUGGAGGAUUCAACUUCGGCGGCAUGCCCGGCGGUGGAGGAGGGCGGAAAUUCCACUUCUCGACCGGUCACGGCGGCGGUGGGUUCAGUUUCAGCGAUGCCAACGAUACCUUCCGCACCUUUGCCAAGGACGGCGGCGGCGGUAUGGGUGGUAUGGGCGGCAUGGAUGAAGAAGAUAUUAUCUCGAUGCUCGCAGGAGGACUGGGUGGCGGCGGUGGAGGCGCUGGCUUCCGUAGCAGCCGUCCGGGAUACGCCAAACCGAAACGCGCACCUACACCCGAACCAACUAUCAUCGAGAAAGACCUGCCACUCACUUUGGAGGAAAUCUACAACGGUACCACUAAAAAGGUCAAGACGAAGAGCAAGGCCUUUGACAGCAUGGGCAAACUCACCACCAAGGAGGUGACCUUGGAAGCCAAUAUCAAGCCUGGACUGCGUGCUGGCUCGAAGAUCAAGUACAGAAAUAUCGGAGAUCAGGAAGAAGGGGGACGGCAGGAUGUUCAUCUGAUUGUGAAAGAGAUCGAUCAUCCUACUUUCAAGCGUUCUGGUGACAAUCUUAUCACAUCCGUGGAUCUCAGCCUGAAGGAAGCACUGACAGGCUGGGAGCGCAUUGUCCGCACUAUCGACGGGAAGUCCAUCCGCGUGUCCAAGCCCGGUCCAACUCAACCCGGCCACGAAGAGCGUUAUCCCGGUCUGGGCAUGGUGAGCUCCAAGAACCCCAGCAACCGCGGCGACAUGGUCAUCCGUGCCAAUGUCAGUUUCCCUACUAGCUUGACUAGCUCCCAAAAAGACAUUCUCCGGGAUGUGCUGCCUUAA